AUGGAAAAAAAAUCACAUCAAGCUUGGAAAAAAAAAUAUCCAUCUGUUACAGUUACAGGUUUUAGUAGUUGGACUGCUUUGACAAAUUCUAUCAUGGUUAUUAUCAAUGUGUCUCCAGUAAACACUGGUGGACUCACACCUGGUGAAACCUAUAUCUUGGGUGCAUGUGCUGAACCUACAUACCAAAGUUCUUGUACCAUUCAAAAAUCAACUCCUCCAAUAACUCUUUAUCAGAAUAUUAUAUAUAAUACCAAGAAUCUCUUUGAUAUUACUUCAACCGGCAUGACAUUAUCAUGGACCUAUUUAUAUGGUAUUCCUGCACCUGCACCAACUUUUACAAUACAAGCUAAUACAACCAAUUUGUCAGUUAAACAAUCACCAACCACCUACACAAUCACCAAUUUACUACCAUCUACAGUCUAUAAAAUUAAUCUCAUUAUGUACAAUGAUGAUGAUACUGUUCCAACUUCCUGGAUCGUUGAAACCUAUGCUGCCUCGUCAACCGAUAAUAUCAAUUCACAGCUAUCAGCAAGAACAACCAAAUCACAAACUAUUUUCUCAGAGUUGAUAGGUGGUAUCGUUGGUGACUCUACUUAUUACACUGUUUCAGAUUUGACAUUAAAUCCUGUACCAGGUUGUGAUAAUACAGUUAAUCAACAAUGUACAAUUACUGGACUUUUACCAAACACCACCUACUCUUAUAAUAUUAAAGCAGUCAAAGGUACUGAAACAUUUCAGAAACAAUACGACUAUACAACAUAUCCAGCAAUUAUCACACCAACUUUGGAUUUAUUAAAUAAAUCUUUAGAGAGUCUCUCUGUUGAAUAUGAAACACUCUAUGGAGUUCCAGAUCAAACAGUGUAUACAGUUCAAGUAAAUGGUGAUAAUGUGGUAGGAUGUGUAGCAACAAAAAACAAUAGAUGUGAUAUCCCAAAUUUAACAAUGAGUCAUACUUAUCUAGUUAAAGUUAUUGCAGAGAAUGAUGGGGAUUCACUUUUCCAAGAGAAAUCCUUCACCACUUUAUCAAUCUAUUAUAUCGAUAUGUCGCUUUCCAAUAGAACAACUAAAUCACUGAAUGUAUCCUUUUCAACUAGCAAUGGUCCAAGCAAUUCAUUAUUCACAGUGGUUUUAGACGGAGCUAAUGUAACUUCUUGUACAAAUAUCCUAGCUGGUAGUUGUUUAAUUCAAAAUUUGAAUUCUCAAACAACCUACGAGGUUCAAGUCAUUUCAAAUAUAGUGGAUAGUUUUGUACAAGUUAUUAAAAACUAUACAACAUUGGAAUCAGUCUCUUCACCAACUAUUCAAGUUAAACAAUUAUCAAACCAAAAAUUGGAUAUACAAUAUUCUUCACAAUUUGGAUAUGGACCAUCAAUUUAUCAAGUCACUGUAAAUGGAACAGUACUCUCUCAAUGUAUUUCGGAAUCUGAUCAAUGUCAAUAUCCUUAUAGUUUUGAUCAAACCAUUUAUGAUAUUAUAGUUAAAGUAACCAAUGAUGGUACUGAAAAAUCAUCUACAUUAUUAUUUAAAAUAUUUAAUAUACCAACCCCAGUUAAUAUAAAUAGUACUUCUUUAUUAUCUUCAAUUUCAAUUGUUUGGAAUGAAAGCCAAGAAGGAUUCCCAAAUUCAACAACCUAUUCUGCUUCUCUUGCCAAUAGUAAUGGUGAUUUUUAUUUUGUUUUCUGUGAUAAUGUUACUACUUUAUUAAAGUAUACUAUUAAUUAUUGUAAAAUUGAUUCAAAAUUAGAGGAUUGUAAUGGAAAUGGAAAUUGUAUAAAUGGUCAAUGUCAAUGUAAAACUGGAUGGACAGGUCAAUUUUGUGAAACCAAUAAUCCCACAAACAAUAAUCCUGAUAUUACACCGAAUCCAGGAAAUCCAGGUAUCAUUGUAGUUGAUAAGGGAAUUGAAUAUAGUUUUGCAAUCACUCAAAUCUUGGAAUCAGAUGAUAUGAAUAAUAUAGUUAAAACUCUAAAUACAUCAGCACUGAAAUGGACUCUCCAAACAAACUCUGAUAGAAAUAUUAGUAAUUCAAUCAAUGGAAUGGUUUUAGAGAAAUCAUGGCAAUACACAACUGAAAACAACACCUAUUUUAAAUCAAUCAACAUUAUAUUCUAUCAAUAUCUAUCGAUUCCAUCGGUAACACAGAACGAUUAUUAUCAAUAUGAAUAUUCAGGACAAUCUUAUGCAAUCAAGUUGGGAGCUUUCAAAUAUACUUUUAAUGUAACCGAAUGGCAGUUUGCUUCGCAAUUGAAUACAAUUCAACUAGAGAGUACAGUUACAUCACCUAAAGGUGGAUCAUGUGAUGACGGCGAGACAAAACUAUCAACUACACAAUCAUCUGAUAAUCAAAUGAUAAUCAUAAGCGAUAACAAUGGUAAUUCAGUAUUUGGUAGAUUGUCAAACAAAGUAAUAUUAGAUGAUAUUCCUCGUUUAAUAACACAUAGAGCCUGGCAGAGCGAGGUUGGUAGUAAAGACACAAUCACCAUAGUUUCUAUAAUUCCAUACUUUUCAGAAACUCUUUACUUUGAUCCAGAUUUUGAAUCAUUAAUUUCAGUAGAUGGACCUGCCGAGUGUUCUAGUGACAAUAAAUGGAAAAUCAUUGUAGGUGUGGUGGUUGGUGGAUUCGCUUUUAUUUCAAUAAUAGCAGCAACUGUUUAUUUCAUACAUAGAAAAAGAAAGUUUUUAAAACAAACUAAAACAAUGGAAAAGAAAUUACAAAAAUUAAAAUCAUAA